CUCUCUGUUUCAGCUUCUCCUCAAGCCACGCACCUGUCUCCAAUCAACCCUCAUCACCACCUACAUUUAAGCCUGACUGUUCCCGGAAAUCCUCGCCAAAGUAUUGCAGCCUCUCCUAGCGUGUUCCUGACCCACGUCAUUCCUGCCAGCGCCCUGUUCUGUCCACUGCCUGCCACCUGUCAACACAUCCAGGACCACUUCCAUAACCUUUGCUCAAUAAACUGUUCCUCAUUUUACAUCAGCCUCCGCCUGCUCUUGGGUUCAGCUACUUCCCACCCCUGACAGAAUACUUUGGCCACUAUGGACCCAGCAACUCCGGAGGCUCUGAAGAAGGCACUAACCCUCCAAAGCGCCCACAUUGGACGACAGGACAAAGACCUGCAAGAAAUCACCGAAACGCUCCACUCCCUUUCGCAACAUGUCUCCCUCCUUUCACAACAGACGCAAUACAUGCAACCCCCUGUAAGUACUCCUCCCGAGCCACCCCGCUUCCCGUACAAAGAACCUCAUGUCCCUCCGCCCGAGCCCUACUCCGGGGACCUAGGUGCAUAUAGCCAGUUUAUUCUUCAUUGCUCACUCGUAUUCAAUCUCCAACCGUACAGUUAUCCCACCGAACGUUCCAAAGUAGCAUUGGUCACUAACCUCCUCCGCGGGAAGGCAGCCAGCUUAUCCUCGGGGUAUCACCCGCAGACCAACGGCCAGACGGAGCGGGCCAACCAAACCCUGGAAUCAGCACUCCGCUGUGUGGCCGCCCGCAACCCCUCCUCAUGGAUUUCCUUCCUCCCAUGGAUUGAAUAUGCUCAUAAUUCACUCACCAGCUACGCUACCGGUAUGUCCCCAUUCAUGGCUUGCUACAGUUUCCAACCUCCACUGUUCGACCUACAGGAGCAGGCGGUGGCAGUCCCCUCCGUACAAGAUCACCUUCAGAGAGCCCAGGCAGUUUGGAAGGACGUCCGGGCAGCGCUGAACCGGUCCGCAGCACGCAACAAGCAGCUCGCGGACCGUCAUCGCUACCCGACGCCCGAAUACAAGGUCUCAUUGCUCAAACCUGUCUCCACCUGCGCCCUAAACCCUGCGGCCGUACCCCCUCCAUCCCCCCGGAUUAUUGACGACCAUCCAGCCUUCACGGUGUUGCGCAUCCUCGACGUGAGGCCUAGGGGGAGGGGGUUCCAGUACAUGGUCGACUGGGAAGGGUACGGGCCAAAGGAGCAUUCUUGGAUUUCCCGGAAGCUCAUCCUCGAUCCUACUCUUUUGGACGACUUCUACGCGGCUCACCCGGGGAAAGCCUGGCAGGAUGCCAGGAGGCGUCCGUUGAGAGGGGGGUACUGUCAUGGACUACCCUGCAGUACUGUUUUGGAGCCUGGAUGGCGCUUUGCGCCCUCUCGUCCUCUCUCUCCCCCUCCCCUCUCUGUUUCAGCUUCUCCUCAAGCCACGCACCUGUCUCCAAUCAACCCUCAUCACCACCUACAUUUAAGCCUGACUUUUCCCGGAAAUCCUCGCCAAAGUAUUGCAGCCUCUCCUAGCGUGUUCCUGACCUACGUCAUUCCCGCCAGCCCCCUGUUCUGUCCACUGCCUGCCACCUGUCAACACAUCCAGGACCACUUCCAUAACCUUUGCUCAAUAAACUGUUCCUCAUUUUACAUCAGCCUCCGCCUGCUCUUGGCAACUUGCAGCAUAUCCUUGUCUUCCUAUAUGGCGCCAGAAGCAUGA